AUGGUUGAUAAUAUUAGAACUGAAUUUGAAAAGUUUGUCUCAUUAAUCGGUGAUAUUCUUGUGGGCGAAAACGAAAUCGAUAAAAUACAGAAUAAACUCCGUCAUCAUUUUAAUGCAACAUCACCAUCGUACUUAUGCUCAAGAGAUUUUACGACAAUGCUCCAACAUAUUCAUAAUGUGUUUACUCAGAAUCAUAAAUCGACUAAAUAUUAUUCUCUAUUAGUUUCAUUUACUGGUCAAAUGAAAAUAAAUAGUAUCAAAUCGCGGGGAUCGCACCAAUCGCCAAAAGAAAUUUAUCAUAAUGUAGAAUCAAUAGCAUCGGUUCUAUGUAAAAAUGAAGCUAUAGCAUCGCAAUCAGAAGUUGAACAAAUGACAGAAUCGAAGUCACCAAUAUCAAAUCCAAAGUUAAAAACUUCCACAGAUUCAACUGCUACUGUUCAUGACAAAAUGGAACCAGAGAAAAAAAUUCGAAGAUUACAAAGACGAUUACGUCUGCUAUCUAAAACAAUACGUGAAUUAGAAGAAAGAGAUAUGUCAUUAGUUGAAAUGGAACAUUGUGAUUUAUACGUCGUAGAAUCAAAUUUAAAAAAGCAAGCAUAUGAAAUUUAUUUUAGACUUGCCGAAUUAAAGAAUCAAUCGACUUCUGCUGAAAGAGUUCUUGAUCAGCUGGUUACUCUAGCAGAAUUGGAAAUUGAUAGUCCAUUUCUUAAUAAAGCUCUUGAAGAUAUGGUUAAUCGAACAAAAUUUUUACCAUCCUUCAAUGAUGUUCUUGAUACAGUAGAGAAAAUGAAUGAUAAAUACAAACUUAAUCUCAGUGUUGAUACUCGAAAAAAACUGGCUGAAAAGUCGUUUAAACUCAUUGGUAAAAAAGUUAAAAAUCGACGAAUGGCUGAUUUUAAUGAUAUUAUGAAUAGUCGUCUUCCGGAAGAUUUCGACAUGGAACACAAUGAUCCUGCAUUAAACAAUAUUGAAUUUCAACAAGCAUUGUUAAAGAAUGAACAUGACGCUAUUAUUAAAACAGAAAAAGUUUUUGAAGAAUUUUCUCAAAUUGAUCCACGACUUGAAUCUGAAAUCAUUAUUGAAUCGUGUGAAGAAUUUGCUGAUGAUAGUGAUGAGGAGAGAAAAGGUGACGAAGAAGAAAUAGAGUCAGAAAUCGAAAUGAUGGUUGAAUCGCCAAACAGUAUACAUGAAGAAACAGAAUAUCAAACUAUUGAUACUCCGCCACCUUGUUGUAAUCGAUUGUUCACAAAUGAUGCUAUUAGAUAUUGCUUCGAGUAUCGAUCAAUACCAGUAGAAUCACCAAAAUCACCGUCUCCCGUAGCAACAGUUGUAACUGAAGAAAUCGACAACAAAGAUUCUGUAGAAGCUACGGUUGAAAUUUCUCUUAAUAAUAAUACAUUGAAAAUUCUUUCAACAACUAUUAUACCAAUAGCAAAAUCUAUAUUUGAUUCGUUUACUUCUCUCGUUCAAAAAUCUCGAACAGACGCUGAUACUGCUCGGGAGAACAAUAACAUUAAUGAAUCACCACCUAUUGCUUUUAUACGGGAACACAAAGUAAAAACAAUCGUACCUCGACGCAGACAAAAUGUUCCUACUGAAGAAAUGAUGUAUACUCUUUUUAAAACACGAUUAAUGAACACUAAUAACUCACGUGCUAGUCAAAAACGAACAUCAUCAAUAGAUGUUGAAUCUCUCAAAACGAAACGUCCUAGAACACAAGACGAAGUCAUUAUAAUUGAUUAA